AUGGGGGACGGGAAGGUAUCGAGAUUCUCGAUCCUUGAAUCUGCCCUCAUUACAGGUUUGAGAUGUACUAGAGAAGAAGAAGCGAGGGCUUGUAUUAUACUAAAUAAAAUGUUAUUGGAUUUAUAUUUUGGAGGUAAAUGGUCGGUUACACCACCACAGUUAGAGGACGCAUUUAGGAGAUGCAAUCACAUAUUAGACAAGCUGAAGUUAGGAUUGGUGUAUAUAUUGGAGAGUAUAUUAAGGUGUCAACAUCGUAGGACGUCGAUUGACCUUUUUUCAUUGGAUGUUGUUGAUGAUAUCGAUGCUUUCAACAGCUUUUCAUGGGAUCGAAGAUGUUACAUCGAUACUCGCCACGUAUGCAGGAGGGUACAUACUAUGCCAAAAUCGAAGAGGGACGAGCGCAAAUAUGAUGUAUAUGACUUUUGCAUGGCUUUGCAGUUGUGGGCAUAUGAGGCUAUCCCUACUUUGGGUAGCAAAUGGGCGAUCAGAAAGGAGACCAGCUACCCACGAAUGCUUCAUUGGCGAGCACAUGAGAAGUUAUAG